AUGCAUCUCACCACGAUUCGACUCCUCGCCAUAUCUGGCCUAUACCUUGCUAGUACCUCGGCUUCUCCUGUUGCAAGAAGAGCCGUCGACCAAGUCGAGAAAAUUGACUUCAAUGCCAUGUUCAAUGGAAGCCUGGGGACCUUGCCAGCCAUGUGGCUAGUAUCUCAAGGCGCACUUGCCGCUUUCAAAACUGCAAACUCAACUCAUGUUGUUCAAAGGCAAGACGAGCAGAGGAGGACUGAUCUCGAGAAUGGCGCCGUCAUGGCCGCUUUCAUCAGCUCCAUGCUUACACUUCCUAUCAAGAUACACGACGAAGGUGUGGCCAACGGUGUGUGCGAAGCACUUUCCGCUUCUGCAUCUGGCAUGGGGUCUGCUAUCGUCAGUCAAGAAUCCGGCAAGAAAAUCUUCAGUGGCAACUCGACCGAUGACGAUUGGGAGCAAGGCGCAAUACCCGGAGGCGUUGUUGGCGGCGCUUUCGGCGCCGUUGUUGGUACCACGCUGUCCAAAACUAUCUGCAAUAAGUUGAAGAAAGGGGGCGGUAAAAAACCAGACCUCCCCAACAGACCUGACUCGGGCCUCCUCAAAGACCUCAUCGAGUCACCAACUAGGAUCCUGGGUGACGCCGCUUGUGUCGUAAUGAACGAAUUAUUGGCAGAGGUCGGCAUGGAUAUAGCUCAGCGCAUGCACCUUGCGCAACAGCUUCGCGAGCUUCUCCAGCUAACCGAACUUCACGGUCUUGCCAGAACGGUGCAGCAUCUGACGAGAGAGAUGACGCGUCAAAUCCACGCACUCUCGGAUCUUGUCGCGGACGCAGCAGGAUUAGCUGCAGCAGAAGCGGCUCUUGCUUCGCUUGCUUCACUGGCCGUUGAGAGUACUGCCGUCCUGGGCAUUGUACAGACUGUGCCCCUCAGGGUCCCUUCGAAUCCUGCGCUCGAGAACCUGCAGAUCAUCACCCUCCACCUGUCAGGCACGCUGGAGCUCGUAGCAUCACUGCCCGAGACUGCGGCUCUAGCAAAAGGUCUGCGCAGUGGAGUAUAUGCCCUUCGCGACCAAGUCGACCGCCAAAUACAAGAGCAGGACGCUGAAGAUCCGAAAGAAGAGGGCCCUGAAGUUCCUAAAGAAGAGGACUCCGAACAUCCUAAACAAGAUGAACCUGAAAACGAUCCCCUAGAGGACGAAGAGCCUGUCGAGGACCACGAUAAUGUUGACGUAGCUCCACCUCCGCCACCUCCUCCUAAGAAAGAGCCUCCUCCACCGAUUGAGGAGUGCAAGGUAAUCAAAGAUUGUCUUUGGAUCUUUUGUGUGGAUAGGAACAAGUGUCCCUAG